CUCUUGGAUGAACCUGAUUGGGAUAUUUACUACUGGGCAAUCGAGAAAAAGGAGCCUCCCUCUCGCUGGGCAAAUACUGCUUUGUUGAAUAAGCUACGGAUACACACUCGUAAUGAAGGAAAGGUCGUCAGAAAGAUGCCCGACCUUCAG